UUUUUUUUUUCGCGCACACGUCGUCGUUUAGAGUCAGACCCCAAAACGAACCCUGAAAAGCUCAUCGUACUCAGUCCGAAUUUCCGAGUCUCAAAACUCCCAAAGGUGCGCUCACACGGCUUGGCUGCGACAUUGAAACUAAAAGGGGUAUUUCAUGAAGUGAAUGAUGAAGGAUCCAAUCAAGCAUGACGAACCUGACCCAGUUAUGGAAACUAAUAGAAAACGAUCCUUACAUGGAAGUUAUAAAGUCUUCAGGAAUUGUAACUCUUCUGCAAUGGCCAAGAGUGAAGUGCAGGACACUGUCUCUGAAGAAAAUUCAUCAAUCGGCACUCCCUUUGCAGGAAUUGAACAAACAGGAAUGGAAACAAUCCAGAAUUCUUUGGAACCGAAAUUGUCGAAUAAAAAGAAAAAGAAAAAGAGGAAAACUCAAAAGCCAUCAGAAGAAGGGUGUUUGACUAGCACAAAUGAUAUGAGUAUUAUGUCAGCACUGAGUCUAUCAGAUGGAAGAAACAGUGGAGGAAAAGUUGUUUCACUGGGUACUGAUGAAACUAGUUCCUUCUUUGUGACCAAUUCUUCACAUCUGUUACAUAACAAUAACUUAAGCAAUGGAAACUCUUACUUGAUGACCACGAGUGAAGUGCAAGAUACUAUCUUAGGAGUAGGUUCAAAAUCAUGUCCUUCCUUGGCUAGGACUGAACAGACUGGCAUGGAAACAAGUAUUAAUCUUAUGCAAGUGGAUGUGGCACGUCGGAAGAAAAGGAAUAGGAAAAGUCGGAAGAAGGCUAAGGCACUGCAAAAUAAUGGACAAGGUCCAAAGCAUCCAGAUCAAGGCUGCAUGACUAGCAUUAAUCAUACAGACGUCGCAUCAGCAUUGAGUCUAUCAGAUGGAAACUUGCACUUGAUGACCACAAGUGAAGUGCAAGAUACUGUCUUAGGAGUAGGUUCAACACCAUGCCCUUCCUUGGCUAGGACUGAACAGACUGGCAUGGAAACAAGCCAAAAUGUUAUGCAAGUGGAUGAGGCACAUCAGAAGAAAAGUAGGAAAAGUCGGAAGAAGAAGGCUAAGGCACUGCAAAAUAACAGACAAGGUCCAAAGCAUCCAUAUCAAGGCUGCAUGACUAGCACUAACCAUACAGACGUUGUGUCAGGACUGAGUCUAUCAGAUGGAAGAAACAGUGGAGGAAAAGUUGUUUCACUGGGUACUGAUGAAACUAGUUCCUUCUUUGUGACCAAUUCUUCACGACAUCUAUUACAUAACAAUUCUAAUAACUUUAGCAGUGGAAACUCAUACUUGAUGACCACAAGUGAAGUGCAAGAUACCAUCUUAGGAGUAGGUUCAACACUAUGCCCUUCCUUGGCUAGGACUGAACAAACUGGCAAGGAAACAAGCCAAAAUCUUAUGCAAGUGGAUGUGGCACGUCAGAAGAAAAGGAAUAGGAAAAUUCGGAAGAAGAAGGCCAAGGCACUGCAAAAUAACGGACAAGGUCCAAAGCAUCCAGAUCAAGGCUGCAUGACUAGCACUAAUCAUACAGACGUCAUGUCAGAUGGAAGAAACUGUGGAGGAAAAGUUGUUUCACUGGGUACUGAUGAAACUAGUUCCUUCUUUGUGACCCAUUCUUCACGGCAUGUAUUACAUAACAAUUCUAAUAACUUAAGCAAUGGAAACUCUUACUUGAUGACCAAGAGUGAAGUGCAAGAUACUGUCUUAGGAGUAGGUUCAACACUAUGCCCUUCCUUGGCUAGGACUGAACAGACUGGCAUGGAAACAAGCCAAAAUCUUAUGCAAGUGGAUGUGGCACGUCGGAAGAAAAGGAAUAGGAAAAUUUGGAAGAAGAAGGCCAAGGCACUGCAAAAUAACGGACAAGGUCCAAAGCAUCCAGAUCAAGGCUGUAUGACUUGCACUUAUCAUACAGAUGUUGUGUCAGCACCGAGUCUAUCAGAUGGAAGAAACAGUGGAGGAAAAGUUGUUUCACUGGGUACUGAUGAAACUAAUUCUUUAUGGGCAACCAAGUAUUCACAAAGUCUGUCACAUGGCAAUUAUAAGGUCUUCAGCAAUGGUACUUCUUCUUCUUCAGUGGCCCAGAGUGAAGUGCAAGGUACCUUCCUAGGAGUAGAUAUAAUGCUCUGCCCUUCACUUGCUAGAGUUGAACAGACAGGCAUGGAAAUAGCCCAAAAUUCUAUGGAAGUGAAUGUGUCGAGUAAAAAGAAAUCAAGAAGUCUGAAGAAGAAACCUAAGGCACUGCAAAUUAGUGGACAAGUUGAAAAGCUACCAGAGGAAGGUUGUGUAACAAAAAUUAUUAAUGCCAUGUCCACACAAAGUCAUCAAACAAAUAUUAUGUCAGCAACUUGUCCCUUGGAUGCAAGAAUAGAAAAAUCUAUUUCAUUGGGUCCUGAUGCAACCAAUUCUUUUCCAAGUCUGUCACAUGAGAAUCGAAAAGUCUUCGGGAAUGCUAAUUCUUUUUCAAUGAGCAAGAGUGAAGAAAAGGAUAUUAUUCUCGGGGUGGAUUCAACCGUGAGCCCUUCUUUUUCUAGGAUUGAAGAGGUGGGAAAAGAAACAACCCAAAAUUCUCUGCAUGUGAAUCCAGCUAGUAAAAAGAAGAAAAAAAGGAGAAGUCGGAAGAAGUCUGAGGCACUGCAAAAUAGUAGUGAAGCUCGAACACUCCCGGAGGAAAGUUGCCCAUCUAUUAGGAAUCAGAUGAAUAUUAUAUCAACUCUGAUGCCAUCAGAUGAGAGAAAUAACUGCUCAGAGAUUUUUCAUAUUCCACUUUUGCGAGCACCAGUUGGUCAUCUGAGGAAGAAGCUUCUUAUUCUUGAUAUAAAUGGUCUGCUUGCGGAUAUAGUUCGUCCACCUCCAAAGAAAUGCAAAUCAGACAUAAACAUUGCAGGACGGGCAAUUUUCAAGAGGCCCUUCUAUCUUGAUUUUCUGACGUUCUGCUUUGAGAGAUUUGAAGUUGGUGUGUGGUCCUCAAGAUCCAAGAAAAAUGUGGAAAAAGUGAUUGACUAUUUGAUGGGAGAUAUGAAAUACAAGCUGCUACUUUGUUGGGAUCAAUCUCACUGCACCGCUACAAAGUUCAGGACACUCGAAGACAGGCAUAAGCCUAUGGUUUUUAAGGAGCUGAGGAGAAUAUGGGAAAAACACGACCCUAAUCUUCCAUGGGAGAAAGGAGACUAUAACGAGUCAAAUACAUUGUUGUUGGAUGAUUCUCCAUAUAAAGCCUUGCUUAAUCCUCUGCACACUGCAAUAUUCCCUUAUUCAUACACGUUUCGGAAAAGGAGCGAUAAGUCAUUAGGUGCUGGUGGUGAUCUAAGGGUUUAUCUAGAGGGCUUAGCUGUGGCUGGAAAUACAAAAAAGUACGUAGAGAAAAACCCAUUUGGUCAAAGUGCUAUCACUCAAAGAAGUAAAUCGUGGGACUUUUACCAGACGGUUAUCAGAUCAUUGGAAUCCUUACCAACGACCAGAUAACGUUUCUUGGUCUUGCCUUUAGCAUGCAUUGCUUAUAUUUGGUGCUAAUGCUAAAAUUUUCUAAUUGCCAAGUUUUGGAUCGCAUGUAUCGUACUUUCAUUAUUUUGUGGAACACCCUUCCAUGACAUCGGUGACCAAGUAGAGCUGGUGAUUCAUAAAAAUUACAUUCUUUGUUUAGUGUAACGAUUUCGUUGAAUGUUGUAAUUUUCUUUUUUACAAACUGGUUAUUAUAACCAUGUUUGAAUUGCCUUCAAAGAGAGCCACUCCUGAUUCGGGAAAUCAUUACUAGCGCCAUUGUUGUUUUGUUUGGAGUAUAAAAUGGGACUCAUUCAGAUGA